CAGAUCGAGAAAGAGAAAAGAAAAAGAGGGACAAGACGGACAUUUUUUUUGCUAGGAGCACCUCGGUCUCAAAUUUGUCAGCUAAGGUCUGUCCCGUCCAAGCAGGUCCUUGGUUGCGGACACUCCCAAGAAGUGGAUUAUUUGGCGUUGCCUUGUCUUGUCCGAGGGGGCGCUGCAACCUUUAAGACCUCCACAUAUCACUGCUGUCCUGCGCGUCACGGGCCCAACCCAGCCUGUCCUGGGAGAGUGAGGCUAACGCCAGCUUAGCCGCUGCGUGUGUAAACCAAGACCAAUCCGGAGCCGGAUUUUUCCAAAAGGGAUCCUGCACGUCCAUUGAUUGUCGUGGCGUGCUUGCAGUCGAGGAGAUUAGUUCAGCUGUUACUAUAUGGGUUUUGACAUGAAGAAUCCGAGAGAACAUCGGUGAUGAUUCGCAAGUCUUCCCUUCUGACAACAAAGACUUGAGCUCGUCACAUCUCUCUUCUACGGCCUCUGGCGUGAUACCACGUUCUAACUCAUCUGUGUUUCAACAUCGAUCGAGGUCUUGCUCAAGCAUGUCAAAUGGCUACCUGGUACGUCGGAGGGACGGAGAUGUCGCGCUCCUCAAGCGACUCUUCUCUUCCUUCUGACGGCCCCUCUCGUCAACGUCGUCGAUACAUCGAUAACAAGAAACGACGCCCUAGCUAUUCUGGACUAUCUACUCUCCCGGACGACUUCAAAAUGUUUCAACCGUUCAAGCGGCAUCGGUUCGCCGACCAUCCCGACACCUUCGAAGGUGUCGAUUUUGACCAGAACUUGACUCGGCCUGCUUUCUUCAUCAUCAAGGAGGCAAAUCACGGGCGCGGUUCUUCCAGAUUCGACCCGAUCAUGGUUGAAAAUACGUUCACAACUCCUCACUACGCCGAAGCGCGACCUGGCGUGCCUUGCGAGCAUUUUAGGGUGCACCAGCCGUCAGAUUCGCCCGAUAUGAAUCGCUCAACGUAUGCGAAAGACAAAGAUCACGACGAUGCGGCUAUGUUAGUUGAGGCCGACCUAGCGGAUUCUCGUAGACGGAGCAGGGUCUCCCAACACGAGCGGAUUUUGAGGAGCCUCAUCUGUCCCAAGUCUCCUGAGGCGGAGUUCGACAUAGAUGACGUUGCUCUCCAAGGCAUAUUCUACGCUGCGAACGAGAUAUUCUUCCACGGGAAACUGAAGGGGCGCGUUGCAUGGUCUUGGGUGGAUCUCCCGAGCUGCCUUAUCGGCACUACAGCACUGAGGCAGUCGCCCCUCAACCCCGGCCUCGAGACCCUGAUAUUUCUAUCGCGGCGGAUCCUCAAGGACAGGAAAUACAACAGACGUCUGCUCAUUUCGACAUUCAUUCACGAACUUAUCCACAGCUACCUUUUCGUUGUUUGCGGAUUCCAAUCGAGAGAAUGCGGCGGCCAUACUAACGGCUUCAAACAUAUCGCCGGACUCAUCGACAAAUGGGCCGGCCCGGAUCUCCUGUAUCUCUGCAAUAUGGAAGCCGAACUGAGCGAUUUCGAGACGAAAACUACGGCCCUGCCCAGGGAUCCAGUUUUCGAAGGCUGGGACGUGCCAUGGUCGCACGACCCAGUAGCUGGGGACUACAUCUUGUUGAAUCGUCCCCAAUGCAGGUUGAGGCCUGCAAUACGUUGACUGGACCGGGAAAUACUAUGACAUGUCGGAGCACCCAAGCCUCCGGCGAUGUCUCAUUCGAUGCUCUGCGCCCAGAAGCAGCCCAACGUUACCCCGCAUAGGGCUAGAAUUUUUCUCUCGUUACUUUCCUUUGUUGUAUACAGGCAUGGCGACGGCGUAUCGUUAUAUACCCUACUUAGAUUCGGAUGAUAUUACCGGGCUUCGUGAUACGUCAUGAUUUAUUAUAUCUAGAUCAGCAUAGCGCAUGAACUUGGUGUUGGAAUAGCACAUAUUUGGUGUUUGGAUAUUUUUUCCUUCUGCUCUUGUUUGUCACGUCCCCUUACGCGUUAUGGUCAUCGCAUGUUGGAAGGAAAAAAAGGAUACAUACAACUUCAUGUUAAUAUUACUGAUCCUUUGGGUCGAGUACAUAUCUACCUAGGUAGCUAUUCCAUCCAAGUCUAAUGAUAGAUAGGACAUAUCUCCGUUUCGAUAUAUUACCACAAUGACUUAAUUUCAAAAUACGGCAAAUAUUGAUACCCUAUA